GACACGCGCCACACAAAGGCUCCCGUGGCACUUCCAAACUGGCACUUGGGCCAAGAUGUUACCUGGGUACUACGUGUGCAGGUCCGUUUAGAUAUGACGAUCGUGUAUUAUGCGUUAGGUUCGAUUUGUAGGGUCGAAGAGAUCAUCCCAGCGAGAUAGCCGCAGCUCCUCGACUUGCUUUCUUACUUUUAUUCACUUUAAGCGCGCAGCAGCUCGAUUAGGUAACGAUCUGCAAACACACAACAACUAGUACAACUCGAAACUCAAGAGGACGACAGGUGGACGCCGAGCUGAUCAUCCCGGAGGGCGAAAUUCGUCACGAUGAAUUCCGACAAGAGCAAAAUGGAGGAUGAAGCGGUCUUGGACAGAGGAGCAUCAUUUGUCAAACAUAUCUGUGAUGAAGAGGAAGUGGAAGGUCACCACACUGUGUACAUCGGUGUGCACGUUCCCAAGAGCUUCCACCGGAGGAGACGCCACAGACGCAAGUCCGGCCACAAGGAGAAGCGGGAACGACCUGAACAGAGCACAGAAGGGUCCAAGUCCGAUGGGGAGAACGCAGAUGUGAACAUCCUCAAACCUCUCAUUUCUCCUGCUGAGAGAAUCCGGUUUAUCCUGGGAGAGGAGGAUGAUGGCCCACCGCCUCCCCAGCUCUUCACUGAGCUGGACGAGCUGCUGGAAGUGGACGGGCAGGAGAUGGAGUGGAAGGAGACGGCCAGAUGGAUCAAGUUUGAGGAGAAGGUGGAGAAGGGAGGUGAGCGCUGGAGCAAACCUCACGUGGCCACGCUGUCCUUGCAUAGCUUGAUGGAACUGAAAGGUUUCAUUGAGAAGGGCACGAUCAUGCUGGACCUGGAGGCCGCCACACUGCCGCAGGUUGUCGAAAUGAUCACUGACAGCCAGAUUGAGAGCGGUCAGUUGAAGGCGGACCUGAAGGAGAAGGUCACGUACACGCUGCUGAGAAAGCAUCGCCACCAGACCAAGAAGUCCAACUUGCGCUCUCUUGCAGAUAUUGGCAAGAGUGUUUCCAGCGCGAGUAGGCUGUUUUCUAGCCAGGAGAAUGCAGCACGCAACCCCCUCGAGCACCCCGUGCCUUGUUUAAACCCACAAGACUCAGAGGAACCAUGUGAGGUCAUGAGGAGCUCCAGCAUGGGAUACCUCUGUAGCCCAACUACAACCCACCGAAAUCUCACCUCCAACAGCCUAAGUGACUUCUCUGACAAGCCAGAGAAGGAUCAGCUGAAGAAUAAGUUCAUGAAAAAACUGCCCCGUGAUGCUGAGGCUUCAAACGUGCUGGUCGGUGAGGUAGAUUUCCUGGAGUCCCCCUUCGUGGCUUUUGUUCGUCUGCAGCAGGCUGUCAUGCUUGGGGCACUCACUGAGGUCCCUGUGCCCACGAGAUUUCUCUUUAUCCUGUUGGGUCCCAAGGGUAAAGCUAAGUCCUAUCAUGAGAUAGGAAGAGCCAUUGCUACACUGAUGUCAGAUGAGGUGUUCCAUGAUAUCGCCUACAAAGCGAAGGACAGGCAGGACCUGCUGGCUGGUAUUGAGGAAUUCCUGGAUGAGGUCAUUGUCCUGCCUCCUGGCGAGUGGGACCCUGAUAUCAGGAUAGAGCCACCAAAGUCGCUGCCGUCCUCAGACAAGAGGAAAAACAUGUACACUGGAUCAGAGGCACCUCAGAUGAAUGGCGACACUCCCCAUGAUACAGGUCACGGAGGGGGAGGAGGACACCAAGUUGGAGAGGAGCUUCAGCGCACUAGAAAGUUUUGCGGAGGUCUCAUCUUGGAUGUGAAGCGGAAAUUGCCAUUUUUUGCCAGUGACUUCUAUGACGCACUGCACAUCCAGUCUCUGUCUGCCAUCUUGUUCAUCUACUUGGGCACAGUCACCAAUGCGAUCACCUUUGGAGGCCUACUUGGAGAUGCUACAGACAACAUGCAGGGAGUGUUGGAAAGUUUCCUCGGAACAGCGCUGACAGGGGCAGUGUUCUGUCUGCUGGCCGGCCAGCCCCUGACUAUUCUGAGCAGCACCGGACCGGUGCUGGUCUUUGAAAGGCUCCUCUUCAAUUUCAGCAAAGAUAAUGGCUUCGACUACCUUGAAUUCCGGCUGUGGAUCGGCCUGUGGUCGGGUAUAUUCUGUCUGGUGCUGGUCGCCACAGACGCCAGCUUUCUGGUGCAGUAUUUCACACGUUUCACAGAGGAAGGCUUUUCGGCGCUCAUCAGCUUCAUUUUCAUCUAUGAUGCCUUUAAAAAGAUGAUAAAGCUGGCCCACUACAACCCGAUCAACUCUGACUAUGAUCCCAACCUCAUCACUCAGUACGACUGCCGCUGUCUGCCUGGCAACUCAUCAGAGCUGCUCAAUAUCUCGGCCCUUACAAACAGUACUACUCUGCCAGUAAAUGCUACCUGGGCAUCGCUGAGCAAAAAGCAGUGCAUAAAGUAUGGAGGACAGUUAGUUGGAGAAACCUGUGGCUAUGUGCCUGACAUCACCCUGAUGUCUUUCAUUUUGUUCCUUGGGACCUACACCUGCUCCAUGUCUCUGAAGACGUUCAAGACGAGCCGCUUCUUCCCCACCCGAGUGAGGAAGCUUAUCAGUGACUUUGCAAUCAUCUUGACCAUUCUUCUCUUCUGUGGCGUGGACGCCUUAGUUGGCGUGGAGACUCCAAAGCUCAUAGUGCCAAGUGAAUUCAAGCCCACAAAUCCACUGAGGGGCUGGUUUGUUCCUCCUUUUGGAGGAAACCCUUGGUGGGUGUACCCGGCAGCUGCACUUCCUGCUCUGCUUGUCACCAUUCUGAUAUUCAUGGACCAACAGAUCACCGCUGUAAUUGUCAACAGGAAAGAGCACAAACUCAAGAAAGGAGCAGGGUAUCACUUGGACCUCUUCUGGGUGGCCAUCCUGAUCAUAGUCUGCUCUUUCAUGGGCCUGCCAUGGUAUGUGGCUGCCACUGUCAUUUCCAUCGCCCACAUUGACUCUCUGAAAAUGGAGACUGAGACAUCAGCCCCUGGGGAGCAGCCGAAAUUCCUGGGUGUCAGGGAACAGCGAGUCACUGGCAUCUUCGUGUUCCUCCUGACAGGACUCUCUGUCUUCAUGGCUCCCAUCCUCAAGUUCAUUCCCAUGCCAGUCCUCUAUGGUGUGUUCCUUUAUAUGGGCGUAGCAUCACUCAAUGGUGUCCAGUUCAUGGAUCGCCUGCAGCUGCUCCUCAUGCCUGCAAAGCACCAGCCGGACCUGAUCUACCUGCGCCACGUUCCCCAGAGACGCAUCCAUCUCUUCACUUUCAUCCAGGCCCUGUGCUUGGCCUGUCUGUGGAUCCUCAAAUCUACUGUUGCCGCCAUCAUUUUCCCUGUCAUGAUUUUGGCUUUGGUUGCUGUCCGGAAAGGAAUGGACUAUGUAUUCUCCCAACAUGAUCUCAGCUACCUGGAUGAUGUUAUCCCAGAGAAAGACAAGAAGAAGAAAGAGGAUGAGAAGAAAAAGAAAAACAAGAAGAAGGGAAGCAUUGACAGUGAAAUGGAAUUUUCUGACUACCCCUACCAUGCAAAUGUCCCCAGUAUAAAAAUCUCUAUGGAUAUGAUGGAACAGGAGCCCAUGUUGGGGGAUAAAUCUUUGGAUAGACCUCCAACAUCAACUUUCCUUAAACCCCAUUCACCGUGCUGAGCACUACUUUUUUUCUCCCACUGUGGCUAAUCUUGACAGUGGUUCGUACAAAAAAGGUUCACCUCAGAUUUGGAUAGACCGCGACUCUGUGGACAGCUGUUUCAUCUGUAAGAAAGGCUCUGAGAGCAUCCUGUGAAGGAACCAGCACAACACAGGAAACACGCCCAUUCUCUCUCUCUUUUUUUUUUUGUACUGUAAUACCGCCUCAUGGCGGUGUUUUUAAUAUGCCUCACACGAGGAUUUGAAUCCAAAUAGCUGGAAGUAUUUGUCUUAACAUUGAAAGACUUUGGUGGUACUGAAUUUUAAUAAGGGCUGGCACAACGUGUUUGACCAUUUGCAUAAUUUUCCACAGGUAACAAAAGGGCUCCUCAAGGUCACGCAGUUUCUCACUAAUCUUACCAAUUUGCAUGUUAAUAACAGAACAAGAAUCCAGUUAGAGAUGUGCAAUCAUCAAAUAGAUCUGGGAUACAAUUUUGAGAGAGAAUACAGAUGGCUUUCACUCCGUACAUAUCACAACAGUUCUCCGUUAUUUUUUUAACAGAUUAUUUUUCUUAAUAGUAUCCAACAUAACCAGCCUCUCUUCUGAAGUACUGUGUUUCUGAGUUAUUUUAAAAAAAAAGUUUUUAAGGCAUAACUUUUGGAACCGUGAGAUUCAAACACAGUGGAGGUACUGCACCGAGGAUUCACGAGUCCUCCUUUAGUGAACAAAAUACUUCAAAUCAUCUCUGCACAGUUACGUGUGGAACUUGAUGUGAAAUCGUAAAGCAUCCAUCUAAAGAUGCAUGUUCAUAAACGUGCACAGAAUAUAAUGAAACAUGCUUGAGUAUGGUAAGAAGUAAAUGCUUCAGCACCAUACAGACUAGAACUACUAUAUUUGUUCCCUAAUCUUCAUUGUUGCUCCCCUUUUUUUCUAUUUAUUAUAUUUAAACUCAUAUAUGUUGCUGGUUGAAUAUUUGCCAUUUAACCUUUUGUGGAAAUUUGAAGUUAUUCUCUCUGUGAUCUGUAUCCACUCAGCUGUCGCUUCUCAGCUGUAGGGAUUUAAACCUGUAUGUAGCUCUACCUCCUAUUUUCUGUAGGUGCCAGGCGCGAUAUAUUAAUACAUCUGCUGUGCAAUGAUUUGAGAUCAAACACUACUUUUUUAUUUAACUGGCACUGCAUAGGAUCCCUGAAUCUAUGCUCUUCAGUUUCUCUCCUCUUUUUGAGAUUUAAGGUAUUUUAUUUUGUCACAAUAUUUAAUAACUUUGUGUAAACUGCAGUGAUUUUAAAGUGCCACCCACAUUUCUUAUAAAAAAAAAAAAAAGCUAAUAUUUUAAAGUGUUUAUUUAACUAUUUUAAAUUGGCAUCAUUAGAUAAAUAAAACAUCCUGAUGUUCCAAGUGCUGAAGUUUGGUGGAAAAGUAUUUUAGCCCAUUUCACGGUUGAUUUUCCCACACACGUAACCAUCAACAUGCUUCUUCGUCUAGUUCAGUUAAAUUGUAAAAUGUGAUCUUGUUCAAAAUAUGUUAACUUAAUCAAGUUUCAAUCUUUAAGCUUGUUUGUUUUUUUAAAAAAAUGUUUUUUAAUGUAAAUCAACAAUCACUGUGAGAUUAAUACUAUAAUGCAACUUCUGGUUCUGGAAGACCUUCUGCUUUUUAGCAUACGAGGAUAUUUGUGAGUGUCUAUGCAUUAUCCACAUUUCUUUUAGUGGCAGUUGGAUGAGCAGUGAAACAUGCCCGUCUUUGCAUUUUAUACAUUAGAUGAAUGUCUUGAUCAUGCUUAUUGUGAUUGAAGUAUACAGUGGUAACUCUAACUGAUUGGGUUUUAAGACAUCAUUGCAUAUCUGAAUGUAAUAAAUCCUAAUUAACUGAAAUAUAGAUAUUCCUUUAAGAAAUGACACGCACAGUUAUUGUCACUUCUGAUUUGUAGUGCAAAUAAGGGCUCUGAUUCUUGCUUGUAGCGGUCACUUCCACGUGCUGUCUAAAUGUGAAGCACAAAACUGUUCAAGUAGCUUUGAAACAAAAGCCACACUGUCUUCCACUUUGUGCUUUGAGCUGUGCAUCUUGAUCUCUUUGGACUUUCUGGUUCUGAAUCUGCAGUUAAUGUAAUAUUUUUUGAUGUAAAAAUUUUAUACAAGCAUCUUAUGUGAUCAAAUAACCCUAGGCUACUCAGAAGGAAGGAAAAAUAGCAUUUGAAAUGAGAGCAAUAAAACUAUCCAAAUGAUUCUUAA